UAAUCGAAGUGAUGCAUUCAAUCAGUAAACUCUUUUCGUACAAUAGGAUACACAAAUCGAAAUGAAGUUUGCGACCACACUAGUUGUAGUCGUUCUCCUCACUACAUUAACCACUGCAAAUGAGGACCAAAAAUCUACAGAUGUAACGAAACUGGAAGAAAGUAAAUUCGCGGUCACUGGUAGCACAUUCAAUCAUCAGGAAGUCGGAGAUAGACAGGUGAGACAGAGACGAGGAACAGUCAUCACCAAUAAUAGUGGACAAUAUCGCGUCAAAGUGGUAAAACAGCCAGGAAAAAGUGGAAAAAUCAUUCACCUUUAUCCCGUAAAAAAGAAUGAAAAGAAAAAUCAACUACAGCCGAAAGCGGAAAACGUUCCACGUCCUGAAGCUCUCGUGGAUAAUGGUGCCAACAAGGAAAACAAGGAACAAGUCGAAAAAAUGAUGGACUUGUCAAAGUAUGAAGAAGAACCAUUAGAGGGGGACAGUCAUCAAUAUGAAGAAGAGCAUAAAGAGAAAAUCAAAAUCAAACAUCAUCAUCAUCACCACCAUCAUAAUCACGUGAAAACCGUUGUUAAAAAGGAACCAUAUCCGGUUGAGAAGAUUGUUCCAAAGCCAUAUCCGGUGGAGAAAAUUGUGGAAAAAAUUAUCCACAUGCCAGUAGAAAAGAUUGUACACAAACCGUUCCCCGUACCUUAUCCGGUUGAAAAAAUAAUCGAAAAAGUUGUGCAUGUACCGAAGCCGUAUCCGGUGAAGGAAUAUGUCGAGAAGAAAGUACCAUACCCUGUUGAGAAAAUCGUCGAGAAAGUGGUUGAAAAGGUCGUUAACAAAUAUGUGCACAUUCCUAAGCCAUAUCCUGUCAUCAAACAUGUCCACGUUCCAGUUGAAGUAAAAGUUCCCGUUCCAGUCGAGAAGAAAGUAUACGUUCCUCACACAGUUGAAGUUGAGAAAAAGGUGCCCUAUCCGGUCAAAGUUUACGUACCUCAACCUUAUCCUGUAGAGAAGAAAACUCCAAUUAAGGACCAUAAACACCACCAUCAUCACCAUCCGCAUCAUCAAUACAGCUCCAUGGACGAUCAUCAUGGUUAUUUGGAGCAUAAAUUCCAUGAAGAGACCGCCGACAACGAUGACCAGCAUUCUCUGACGUCAAUCCAAAGACAUUCUAUUUCAGAGACCCCAGAUGACCAUUAUCAUGAACAAAUGAAACAUUUUCAGCGAGAACAGAAGCAGCUUGAUAUGCAAAAUCAGAAUACACAACAGCAACAAGAGAAACUGAAUGAAAAGUUUAAAAUUUACAAAAAAUUUCAACAGAAACAGCAGUAUGAUCAGCAAAUACAAGCCCAACAAGUAUUCAUGGAUCAACAAUUGAAGCAAAUGGAACAAAUGGAACAACAUUUGCAAGACAAACAGAAGCAAUUAGAGAAGCAUCAAUCAAUCCAUGGUCAUUUCGGUCAAAAGAUGUUCAGUGAUUAUGCUAAACCAUUCUAUCCCACUGAGCACCAACACCAAUCCAUAUUGACGCUUCAAACCCAUAUGUUACAAGACGAACGUUUUAGGCCGAGCAAGAAAAUUAUUCCGGAAUUUAAACCAAUUGCAAACGUAAAAACGAUACCCCUUGAGCAGCAACCACUACAAUCAACGCAACAACUAUAUCCCGUGAGCAUGGAUCAGAUGGAUGGUGCUAGCAGUAACGUCGAACCGGUGGCAAUCGAACCAGCUAGUGAUCCAACGGAUAAACAAAGUUUUCGGAUAAACGUAGCGGAAUCGGAGCAACUGCCAAAAGCGGAAGCGUUUACAAUGGAUUCGCCGUUUAAUUUUCAACCACAGCCAGAUUUUAACAUGUUUCAAGUGUACCAAAUUCAAACAGUUCCCUCGUUUCCACCAAGCACAAAACCAUUGUCAGUAAAUGUUUAAUGACGAUUUCUUCAAUUGUAUUUUGCCAAUCGCUGUUGAAGCUUUUAGCCUUUACCUUGGUGGUUGGAACUUUUUCUUGACGUAGGUCUUGCUAAAGUGAGUAAGAUUGUCACCUUCUUUCGGUGGCCUAUGCAUGGGAGUGGCUAUAUGCUAUGCAAAAUGUCCAGAAGAUGAAAGAAACAAAUUUUUCGAUUGCUCUAACUUUCACUUUAACUUCCAAUUUUCGUACUUUCUUUCACUUUACUUUAGAUAAAGAGAGAACGAGAGGCUAUACGUAAAUUAAAGGAUCAAUAUGUUAUGUUGCAGCUUAUAUGUAAAUUUGUAUUGUAAUAUUGUGAUAACGUUGUGAGCCAAUAUUAAAUCACGUAGACCAA